AUGAGGCAACGGGGGGCUUAUUCGGGGCUAAGAAUAUCAGGCAAAACAGGACCUCAUUCUUUGCCACUAGCUAGAAUCAAGAAAAUAAUGAAGAAUUCGAGCGACGAAGUGAAAAUGAUAUCUGGUGAGGCCCCCAUUGUUUUCUCCAAGGCAUGUGAACUCUUUAUAGAGGAAUUAACCAAAAGGGCUUGGAUGACGACAGUGCAAGCAAAGAAAAGGACACUUCACAAAGAAGAUGUGGCUUCUGCUGUUAUAAACACUGAUAUUUUCGACUUUCUUGUCAAUCUUGUUUCUGAAAAUUCUGGUAAAUCAUCUGAGGACCCUCAGCCUGGUUUAGGAAUUGUUGCUUCCACUACUGAGGUCAAUGAUCUAUACUUUUACUCUUCCUCAAUCGUCAUCGUCAGAGAGCGCGUCAGUGAAGAUCGUCUCUCUGCCAUUUUCAAUGUGAUUGCCACCGAUAAAAAAGUCAUUCCUUGGUUGCAAAUCGCGCAGGAGGCUCUGCAAAUCAACGAGUAA